GGGAAGAUGGUGGCGCCCGUAGGUUUCAGCUUACGUAUCCAAAGACAGGAUUUGAAUUAAAAAGGACUUUCCUCAGCAAUAACGAAGGAAGACAGUCAUGAAGGUUUUCUGUGGAAGAGCCAAUCCAGUUACUGGAGCAAUGGAGUGGUUGGAGGAAGAUGAGAAUUAUGAUUACCAUCAGGAAAUUGCAAGGUCCUGCUAUGCAGACAUGCUGAAUGACAAAGAUCGAAAUACUAAGUAUUUUCAGGGAAUUCGUGCUGCAGUUAGCAGAGUGAAAGAGAGAGGGGAAAAAGCCAUUGUCCUGGACAUAGGGACUGGCACUGGACUCUUGUCCAUGAUGGCAGUGACAGCAGGUGCUGACUUCUGCUAUGGUAUUGAGGUCUUUAAGCCAAUGGCUGAUACAGCGGUGAAGAUCGUGGAAAAGAAUGGCUUCAGUGACAAAAUAAAGAUAAUUAACAAGCACUCCACCGAAGUUACUGUCGGGUCAGAUGGAGACAUGCAGUCUCGUGCAAACAUCCUGAUAACAGAGCUGUUUGACACCGAAUUGAUCGGAGAAGGGGCCUUGCCGUCUUACGAGCAUGCUCACAAGCGCCUGAUGCAGGAGGGAUGUGAGGCAGUACCUCAUAGAGCAACUGUGUAUGCCCAGUUGGUGGAGUCCAAGCGAAUGUCGUCUUGGAACAAGCUGUUUCCCAUUCAUGUCCAAGCAGAAGGUGACAAGAAGGCCAUUGUCUUCCCAUCAGAAAUGGACAUCUGCCCUGGUGCACCUUCUGUCUAUGAUAUCCAGCUGAAUCAGGUGCCCUUGCACGACUUUGUGACUCUCAGUGAAGUGGUCACUAUGUUCAGUAUAGAUCUCAGUAAGCCGGUCAGCAGAACCUCUGUGUCCCACACGGUGAAGCUGGAACCGAUCAAGUCUGGCAAAGCCCAAGUGGUCCUCUCCUGGUGGGACAUUGACAUGGACCCUGCUGGGUCCAUAAAAUGCACAUUGGCCCCAUAUUGGGUACAAAGCACUUACGAAGAGACCCCGUGGAGAGAUCAUUGGAUGCAGUGUGUAUAUUUCCUUCCAAAUGAAGAACUUGUUUCCCAAGGCCAGAGCAUGGACUUGACUGCUUUUCAUGAUGAUUACUCUGUAUGGUAUAAGCUUCAAAAAAGCAGAAAUGAAGGAUCAAAGACUUCUGAACUCAUCCAGAGGCCAGUGUGUAGAUGUCAGGCCCACCUGUUGUGGAACCGGCCCCGGUUUGGAGAACUCAAUGACUGGAACCGCACAUCUCACUAUUUUCAAGCUCUGAAGAAGGUCCUUAAGCCGAACAGCGUCUGCCUGAGCAUCAGUGACGGUAGCCUCCUGCCUGUCUUGGCUUAUCAGCUUGGAGCAGAAAAGGUGUUUACCCUGGAAGGCUCUUUGCUUUCUCACUCGCUCAUGCAGAAAAUUUUUAUGGCCAAUGGUUUGGAAGAUAAAAUUACAAUAAUAGAGAAACAUCCUGAAUCAUUAACCUCAUCUGAUUUUGAAGGCAGAAAGAUAUCCCUUUUAAUCGGUGAGCCCUUUUUCUCGACGAGCUUGCUGCCCUGGCAUAAUUUAUAUUUCUGGUAUGCCCGGACGGCAUUGGCAAAUCAUCUCACCAGUGAUGUGACUGUCCUUCCUCAAGCAGCUUCUCUCCACCUGAUGACUGUGGAAUUCAAGGAUUUGUGGCGAAUCCGUAGCCCGUGUGGUACCUGUGAAGGGUUUGAUGUCCGCAUUAUGGAUGAGAUGAUAAAGAAUUCCUUAGACUUCCGAGAAUCGAAGGAAGCUGAGCCUCAUCCGCUCUGGGAAUAUCCCUGCAAAUCCACCUCUGAUCCCCUCAAAGUUCUGACAUUUGACUUCCAACAAGCUGUACCAGAACAUAUUCUUACGAAGGAGGGCGUCAUAAACUUGUCGCGGUGUGAGAAGAGUCACGGAGCUGUUCUCUGGAUGGAAUACCAUCUGGCGCCCAACGUUUCCAUUAGCACAGGACUUGUGCGGGAUUCAAAUGAAAAGGACUAUUGUCAAUGGACUCCUCACUGCAAACAGGCUGUCUUUUUCUUCGAUUCAGUUCUUGAACCAAAUUCUUCCAUCAGUAAUCCCUCAGCAGUUGCAUAUGCUAUAAGUUUCAGUCCAGCAACAGGAGAGGUUAACAUGGACUUUAAACCCUUAAAUUAAUGUAGUAUCUUGAUGUCGUAUCAAAAACAUUGAUUUCCCUUUUGGAUUGAUCUU